AUGAGGGCCGUAGGAGUAUUCCUUACCACCUCGGAUACGGCAGACGUGUGAUGACUCAGCACAGCAUCGUCUUUCAGAAAGUUGUGCUUCCUUUUUUCCAACUAGAAUGUUGUGUUAUCAGCAUCGCACGUCGUGGUUCUAAUGUAUACUUGACGGCUCGCUCCUUUGUUCGUAUCCCAAGCCACGAUAAGGUUCUACACAUAUUGAGGUACUUGUGCAGAAAACCGCCGCCUCUUCGUGUGUGGACGAGAAGCUGUAAAACAUUUAUCUUGUCAUUCUACGUUUGUGUACAACGGGGUCUGCUUGGAGCUACUUCUGCAAAGCCACCUAUUUCGUUUCACCAAGAGCACGCUUGCCACAUGUGCUUACCAUUAUUUUGGUGGAUGAUCAUCAUGAUGCUCAACAUGCUGACAUGUGUCCAUCCCUACAGCGUGCACCUUUAUUCAUCGUGCAUGUGCGAUUACUGCACCAGUUUACUACUGUAGGGGUGCCAAUGUUUGUUAGACACUAGCUUUUUAUGACUGAAUUACUUAAUCACAAUCGUUAAUUAGUCUGAAUGUAAAUGUAAUAGUAUAAUUCGACAUGAACAUCACUAAAAAGAUUGAACCAACAUGAAUCCUUCCCUGCUGUAUAAAUAAUUGUUGUUUUCACUACAGACGUGAGCGACGUACCACAUACCUCUCACACACUUGUAAUUGUAAUAUCACCUCUCGUCCUCGUCCUCGGGCUUGUUUCAGAUGGUAGGAAUUUUUCAGUGAUCGUCUACGAGCGAUCGGUGUACCAAUGAGAUCUUAUUCAUGAAUCAACAAAGAAUAAGAAGUCUUCUUCGACGAAAGUGAGCAGCUGAAUAUAGACGGAAAGGUGUCGCAGCUCGGAACUACAGCGAAUCUAAUUACAGCCUGAAGAAAACCUCAUGAUCAUGGUUUUGCGCCUUUUCUUUCUUCCAACGAAUUUUUGGAUCACUAUAUUCAACAAUUGACUACAUCUUCGAUAGAACCAUUUUGAUUGAUGUUGAAAUGAAAAAGCGGGACGAGGUGAUGAGGGUGGAGUAGAGAGAGCGUCGAGAGACGAUGAGGG